UGGCGUGUCCACUGCGCCAACUUCCGUUUCCAGCAAGUUCUCUGCUGCGCGAAUAAAAUCUCGAGCACGGCCGGUGAAGCUACGGGAGGUAGAGACUUCUAGAAGCAACGUGUGUUGACUCACCGGCAGAGUAGCGCACCGAACUGCACGCCUUUUAAUAAUAGCAACAGGCAGCCAAGAUGGCCAAAUGGGGAGAAGGAGACCCUCGUUGGAUAGUAGAAGAGCGAGCCGACGCUACUAAUGUCAACAACUGGCACUGGACGGAACGGGACGCCACAAACUGGUCGUCAGACAAAUUAAAAAGUCUUCUGCUGGGGUUGAGCGUGGAGGAUGAUGAGGGUAGCUGUGAGGUCACCGAGGUCAGCAAGUUGGAAGGGGAGGCGUCAAUCAACAACCGCAAAGGGAAACUUAUUUUCUUCUACGAGUGGAACCUGAAAGCAACCUGGACAGGAAAGUCAAAAUCAGGAAUCAAAUAUAAAGGAACAAUCGAGAUUCCCAACCUGUCUGACGAGAACGACAUGGAGGAUCUCGACAUUAGCAUCUCACUCAACAAAGAUGAACCAGAAACACCGCUGGUCCAGCUGAUGAAGUCCAAAGGAGCCGAGAAAAUCCGCAGGGCUCUGGGAAGCUACGUGGGCUUUUUAAAAACAGAGUUCACUCAGGGGAUGAUCCUGCCGACCGCUAACGGCAUGGUGCAGCUGCAGUCCAACUCGCAGUCCAAAGCCAAGACGGACAAAACUCAGAUUUCAUCUUCAAGCAGCACUGCAACGCCAGUCAACACGGGUGUGAAGAUCCCUACGUGUAAGUUCAGCAUGAGGGAGACGUUCCUCACAUCCCCUGCGGACCUCUACAGAGUGUUUGUCAACCAGGAGAUGACUCAGGCAUUCACACAUGCUCCAGCGACGGUGGAUGGAGAGAGGGGCGGCAAAUUCCGUCUUCUCGAUGGAAAUGUCUUCGGUGAAUUCACUGAGCUGGUACCUGAUGAGAAAAUAGUGAUGAAGUGGAGGUACAACAACUGGCCAUGUGAGCAUUACGCAAUCGUCACACUGAGCUUCGUGGACCGCAGGAGCGAGACGGAGCUGAAGGUGGACUGUCGAGGUGUUCCCGACAAUGACGAGGAGCGGACAAAGGACGGCUGGAAGAGAUACUACUUUGAAGCCAUCAAACAGACUUUUGGUUACGGGGCGCGACUCUUCUGAGACCUUUUUUUUGGCUUUUAGAUCAUAAUCAUCCUCCACGGACCCAUUUGUGAGCAAAUGUUUUCAUAUUUAAUUCUUAAGUCUGUUCUUAGUUGCCUCCCUCUUCAGUAUUUGGUCUCAUUCAGAAGAGUGAGUGGCCAAGAGCCUAUGUGAGAAGAACCACUAAUUGACCUCUACUUCUCUACAGCUGUGUUAUUGUAGAGUUGAAAAAGAAAUAAAUGUUGGUUUGUUGUUUAUUUCACAAACAGCUCUGAAAAUGAAUGUUUAUCUUUUAUUCCCAAGUGUAACUGUAGCGCCAAUGCAUGUUUGUUUCCAAGCAUCCAUGUCAUGACCUACGCGUCCAUCGUUUCAUGCAGGCAUCGCAUCAAGCUCCUCUCCAGCUGUUGAAGGUCCAGGUGUCCACACGCAGCCAACGAGUAGCAAGCAAACACAGCCUCCUACAAAAUGUACAUUUUCACUCAAGGAUUUAGCGCACCUAUUUAUACCAUGAUGUAAAAAGUCGACUUUACGGAAUAAAAAUAAUCAC